ACAGAUUCUUCCCGCGCUGUAUCUCACUCAGGAAUCUUCUGUGAUACUCGCAAUCUGACAGUGCGCAGUGUUCAGUGUACUGCUGGUCGCAGUUGUGAUAAGACUCGAUAGUUUCGUUUAAGAUAGUUAGCGGCGGUAGCAACGCGGUCACAGCAGGCCGAUAUUUGUUUUAUCCAUAUCCUGGUUUGCCUGGCUUAAGUGUGUUCAAGAUUGAGAGAAUCGUUUAGUGACAGAGCGUGUGCACAGAGCGGUACUAAAACCGGAAACUUCCCAGCCAAGCCAGCAGUGGUGAGCUUGAUUUAGGAGGCAAUUCCAUAAUGGUUCAAGUUCGACCGCUGUAUUUGCACGUUUGCGCAAUCCGCUGAGGUUUUCCUCCGUCUAGGUGUUUUCACCGAGCCCCACGUUAUUUAUUGUAUGAAUUGGCCAGCUGUUAAUGAAACGUGUGCUUCGUUCUCGCGAUAAGACUAUGAACAGUAAUGAACUCCGUCAUCGUCGUUCAGUUGUACGAAAUUCUCAGAAGAAAAACAGCGCUCAUCACCACACUUUAUCACUAGCAUCAACCUCAUCGGAGUCUUAGAAAACGAUCCGAUCGAAGUAAGCGCGAAGAAAGUGUACACGGUUGUGUCUAAGUGUAGAGUUUAGCAGUGAGUAAAAACAAUGCCGCCUACUGCGAGGACUGAGAACCGAACCCGGGACGGGCAUGUUUUAGUGUGGGAGCAAGCCGGCAUCGCCGAUGGAGACGGGCCGAAAUUCAGUCGCUUCGGUACGCGGCAUUAUAUCGUGUUCAUGUUGUUCCUGGGGAUGGCCAAUGCGUACGUGAUGCGAACCAACAUGUCCGUGGCGAUUGUGGCGAUGGUAAACCAGACGGCGAUUGCUCACGAGGCCGAGGUGUUCGAUGACGAAUGUCCGGACACCGAUUACGGGGAGGAGGAAGAUUCCAGCCACCAGGACGGGGAGUUCCUGUGGAGCACCAGUCUGCAGGGUUACAUCCUAUCGUCUUUUUUCUACGGUUACGUGAUCACCCAGAUUCCGUUCGGUUUGCUGGCGAAAAAGUACGGCGCGUUGCGAUUCCUCGGCUGGGGAAUGUUGAUCAAUUCCGUGUUUGCCUUUCUGGUGCCGGUAGCUGCCCGACAGGGUGGACCUGCGUGGCUGAUUGUGGUACGGUUUAUUCAGGGCUUGGGCGAGGGUCCGAUCGUGCCUUGUACCCACGCAAUGUUGGCCAAAUGGAUUCCGCCGAACGAGCGAUCGAGGGUGGGAUCGAUCGUGUAUUCUGGGGCUCAGUUUGGAACCGUCAUUUCGAUGCCCCUGUCCGGAUUGUUAUCCGAUAACGGCUUCGACGGUGGUUGGCCGUCGAUUUUCUACGUGUUCGGAAUUAUCGGUACGGUUUGGUCGAUAGCAUUUCUGUUCACUUGCCAUGAGGACCCGAUCACGCAUCCGUCGAUUCGAGAGGACGAACGGAAAUACAUCCAGCAGUCGGUGUGGGGCAAGGCAGGCGUAAACAUUCCUCCGAUUCCGUGGAAAUCUAUUCUCUGCUCGAUGCCUUUCUACGCGAUACUGUUGGCGCAUUUAGGUCAGAAUUAUGGCUACGAAACGCUGAUGACCGAGCUGCCCACGUACAUGAAGCAGGUGCUGAGGUUCUCCAUUAAGGCGAACGGAACUCUUUCCGCUUUGCCCUAUCUGGCGAUGUGGUUGUUCUCGAUCGUGGUUGGUUGGGUGGCCGAUUGGAUGUUGUCGUCUGGCCGUUUCACUCACACCAUCACGCGUAAGAUCUCCAACAGUAUCGGUCAGUAUGGACCGGCGAUCGCGCUGAUUGUGGCGUCCUACACCGGCUGCAACCGGGCACUAACGGUGGCAAUUCUAACGAUCGGUAUUGGCCUCAACGGAGGUAUCUACGCUGGUUUCAAAAUUAACCAUCUCGACAUCACGCCUCGCUAUGCCGGCAUCUUGAUGGCCAUCACCAACUGCUCCGCUAAUCUAGCUGGUCUAUUAGCACCGAUUGCAGCUGGCAACAUCAUCGAGGGAAAGCCAACGAUCGCCCAGUGGAGGAUCGUGUUUGUGAUAGCGGCCGGGGUGUACAUUUUCACCGCGACCUUCUUCAACAUAUUUGCGUCCGGCACGCGGCAACCGUGGGACAACCCGGACAACGAUGAACCUCAGAAGCCGGCUUCGAUCGAGGCGCCGAGCAGCACGCACGAGAAUGGCCAUGCGCACGGAAACGGCACAACUAGCGCCACCUAUCGGAGCGUCGCUAACGAACAGAAGUAGUAGUUUUGUAGGCUGUGUAGAAUUUACACAAUAGUUUUUUUUUCGGUUUAAGCGUAACAGAGAGACAGCGAGAGAGAGAGAGAGAGAGAGAGAGAGAGAGAAACACACAUACACUAAGUAAACGUAAGACAUUAUCCCCUCCCGAUUCUGCCCCGCCUAGCUUUCAGUCUCAAUGACGAUGCGGGAUACGUAAAAUUUAAUUAUUUUGAUCAUGUUUAUGAUUUGUUUAUAAUUUCCCUCCUUUUUGCUUUAUUAUCGCUCUAGGUUAGUAAUUAUUGUUAUGAUAUUCUUGUUGAAUGUCGGUGAGAAUAUCAGCGAGUGACUUUCUAGUUAAGUUUAUUGGAAUACAAAUCGGUUUGUUAGUAGCUGAGGAGGUAAAUUAAUGCUGAUGAGAAUGAGAACGAGAAGGAUGGAAGGAUGUGUGCCUCGCUCGUUUUUUUACGCGAGGGUAAGCGAAAGACUUGUGAUAGGACCGUUUUACCGUGCGCAGGGGUAAAACUCAUUAGAAAGCCAAACUGCCCGAAACUUUAGCCACAGGCAUCAAUACACACACACACACACACACACACACACAAACAAAAACAAGAAAUUAGGUUGUGUAAUUUUGCUGUUUUAUUUUAAACAUUGCGGGGCAAGAAUAUCGUUAGACAUAUCGCAGACCGACAAUUCCACAGUGCCGUAGCGAAGAAGCAAAGCAGACAUCGUAAAGGUUGUACAAUUGAUUUGCAUACCGAGUGCUUGUAACAGACUAACGGAGCUUUAGUAUAUACACAUGAAAGUUACUGCGUAGGAAAUACCAAACUAAUCAAAUAUUUUUACUUUGUACAUAUUUCAACGAUACAAGAGAGGUUUGAAAAAGAAAAGAUAAUCAAAGGAAACGAUAAGAAAGGCGAGACUUUCGUACAGCUCCUUCCAUUGCGAGAAAGUCGAGAUGUAGUUAAAGUUGAUGGAGAAGAUUAUUGUUGAUGAUAAUAAUAAUAAAAAAACGAUAACAAUCAAACGUAGCAAGCUGUGAUAGCCGUCGCAGCAGGCAGUACGAAAAAAAUAA